AUGCUAUUUCCGCAACCAAUUGCAGUAGCAUUCCUGAACUUGUGGUUGCUGCUAUCUUUGAAGCUUGUUUCCGUAUUUGUCUUUCACAUGUCAAGACUGAUGCACGUUGUCUCACGGUCUCUCACCGCCCUCUACGUCAACCAGUCGUCGAAAACGCUGCGGAUGUCUAGCCUGUCCAUGGUUGGAAUGAUGAGUCUGUACAUACUAGUGUGCGUUAUUGUUUAA